UUUAUUUCUCCUUUUCAAAGAAAUGUCCAAAGCGCAUAAGUUACCAAGAGUUGACUUUAUGCGCCGAAUCGUGGACGACUUCCUUUUCCGCCUAUAUAGGCCCCCAACCGAAGCUAUCUGAGGGAAACUCGAAGGAUAUCUUCGAAAAAACCCUAACAAUGGGGUUCGUUAAAGUUGUGAAGAACAAGGCAUACUUCAAGCGAUUUCAAGUGAAAUUCAGGAGGAGGCGUGAGGGCAAGACAGACUACUUUGCUAGGAAGCGCCUCGUCAUCCAAGAGAAGAACAAGUACAAUACUCCCAAAUACAGGCUUAUUGUACGCUUCACAAACAGGGACAUCAUUUGCCAGAUAGCAUACGCCAGGAUCGAAGGUGAUCACAUUAUUUGCAGUGCAUAUUCACAUGAACUGCCAAAAUAUGGCGUGAAGGUAGGGCUGACCAAUUAUUCUGCUGCUUACUGCACCGGAUUGCUGCUCGCAAGAAGGCUGCUGAAGCAGUUUAACCUGGACACAGUGUAUGCUGGCCAGACAGAGGUGGAUGGUGAUGAGUACUACGUUGAGGAUGUUGAUGGUGAGGCUGGAGCCUUCAGGUGUUAUCUGGAUGCUGGUCUUGUCCGAACUUCCACUGGUGCCCGUGUCUUCGGUGCAUUGAAAGGUGCAGUGGAUGGAGGAUUAGAUAUCCCCCACAGCACAAAGCGUUUCCCUGGAUACGAUGGGGAGAGCAACGAGUUCAAUGCUGAGGUUCACCGCAACCAUAUCUUUGGCAAGCAUGUAGCUGGAUAUAUGGCACAUCUACAGGGUGAGGAUGAGGAUGCCUACAAGAGGCAGUUCUCCAGGUUCAUCAAGAAUGGCCUUACUUCAGAAAAUCUGGAAGAGAUGUACAAGAAGAGUCACGCUACCAUCCGAGCCAAUCCGGACCGUGCAACAAAGCAGAAGAAGGAACCAGCUGGCAAGGUGAAGAGGUGGAACCGAUCCAAGAUGAGUCGUCUCCAGAGGGAGGACCGAGUGAAACAGCGAAAGGCGAACUUCCUCAAAGCUUUGGAGGCAGCCGACUAAAUUUCACCCCUGUGAUAUGUGCUAAAAACACUAUAAAUAAAUCUGUCUAUGCCCAGA